GGGCGCAGGGCGCAGGGCGCACGCGAUGAAGGCGGUGAGCCCCGUGCGCCCCUCGGGCCGCAAGGCGCCGUCGGGUUGCGGCGGCGGGGAACUGGCGCUGCGCUGUCUGGCCGAGCACGGCCACAACCUGGGCGGCUCGGCGGCCGCAGCGGCGGCAGCGGCGGCAGCGCGUUGCAAGGCGGCCGAGGCGGCGGCCGACGAGCCGGCGCUGUGCCUGCAGUGCGAUAUGAACGACUGCUACAGCCGCCUGCGGAGGCUCGUGCCCACCAUCCCGCCCAACAAGAAAGUCAGCAAAGUGGAGAUCCUGCAGCACGUUAUCGACUACAUCCUGGACCUGCAGCUGGCGCUGGAGACGCACCCGGCUCUGCUGAGGCAGCCGCCGCCGCCCGCGCCACCUCUCCACCCGGCCGGGACGUGUCCGGCCGCGCCGCCUCGGACCCCGCUCACAGCGCUCAACACUGACCCGGCCGGCGCGGUGAACAAGCAGGGCGACAGCAUUCUGUGCCGCUGAGCCGCUCUGUCCAGGUGUGCGGCCGCCCGCGCCCGAGCCAGGCGCUCGCAGAGGGAGGGGGAAGAGCAGAAGUUAGUGGAAAAGCCACCGAGAAAGGACAAACCUUGUCAGCCCGUCCAGAAACCUUCUCACUCGUCAUUCCAAGAGAGAGGGAGAGGAAGGAAAAACAAUAAAACUUUCAUCCUUUUUCUCUGUUUUUUUUUUUUUUUUUUUUGCACGUUCACAUACAUUCUGCAUUGGUAUUCUCUUUUGUCUCUUCAUUUAUAACCGCUGUGAAUUGUACAGUUCUGUGUGUUUUGGAGGUGCAGUUAAACUUUGAAGCUUAAAGUUACGACAGGACUGAUAAAUAGAAGAUUCGAGUAAACCCGACUUUAGAAGCCUACUUUGUGACCAAGGAGCUCAGUUUUUGUUGUGAAGCUUUACUAAUAUACCAGAGCAUUGUAGAUAAUUUUUUUUUGCAUCUAUUGUUUAAAAUAGAUGAUUAUAACGGGCAAGGAACUUCCUUUUCCCUGCAAGAAUGUUACAUAUUGUAUAGAUAACCCAGUGACAUUUCAUACCUUGUAUAUAUAGAGAUGUUCUAUGAGUGUGAGAAAGUAUAUGCUUUAAUAGACUACUGUAAUUAUAAGAUAUUUUUAAUUAAAUAUUUUUUGUAAAUAUUAUGUUGUGUGUUUUUUUUUUAAACCUAUGGGACUGUUUCUUUUGGAAAAUAAUUUUUUCAGCCCAGCCGCAGAGCUUUUGUACCUCGAAUGUCUUUUUCUGUUUGUUUGUUUGGCCUGGCUAUUAAUUCGUUUUUGUUUCACCCCGUGUGGUAGACUCGCCAUUAACAGUUCUAGAUCGAGGUCUUGCAUGACUUGCAUGAGAUAUUUAAUCACAAAAUAAAUUCGUUCUGAGUCCAUUUGCUUAGAUUGAAGUCUUUGUGUUUGAAGCAUACGUGUGGAACAUGCACAUUGUCAGGUGCUCUUUCCUUUUUAACCUAAGGUUUUAUAGUGGAAAAACCUGAGUACGUGUUUGUGUUUUGUUUCUUCAGCGAGGUCCGAAUGGAUUCUGGAGGAUUUUGCAUACGGUAUGGGGAAAUGCCUGGACCUCGUGGAGUUUACAAAAUCUGUCUGCAAAGU